AUGUUGACGAUGUCCGCCAACAAUACCCCGCCCAACGCGCUCAGCACGACCCUGGUGGCCUACGAGCUCCAGCCUGCCCUGGCCAAGACCCCCGACGACCACUCCCAGAAAAUCAGGCUGCCCAGCAUCAACAAGCUGUUCCCGCGCCCGGAACAGCCGGUGGACCCCGUGUUCCACCCCGCCCAGCACUACGUCCACACCCCGCGCGUGCCCGCCGUGUUUCUCGCGCCGUACGCAUCGCCUCCCUCGCAGCCUGUCGUGUACACGGCGCCGGCCGUGUUCCCGCUGCCGCAGCCCGUUGUGCCGGCGGCCGUGGCCAUGAGCCCGUCCGAGUCGCAGGACUCGGUGCUCUCCCCCACGAGGCGCAAGUCCGUUUCGCGGGACAGCCGUUUCAAAUGCGACCAGUGCCACAAAUCGUACACAAGAAAACACAACCUGAUCUCCCACAAACUGAGCGUGCACGAGAAGGAGAAGCUGUUCGGCUGCACAGAGUGCCAGGUGAAAUUCAGCCGCUCGUCAGACCUCUCGCGCCACACGAAGGAGCAGCACUCGGCGAUCGUCAAGCCGUUUGUGUGUGGCGGCGUGAACCCGGACGGCACCGCGUGGGGGUGCGGCAAGCGGUUCUACCGUAAGGACCAGCUGAAAAGCCACCUCAACACCACCAAGGCCGGGUUCAAGUGUCUGCGGCGCAACUUUGCAAUCAUGAUGGUGCCGGGCGACCGGGACGCCGGCCUGUACGGGCUCUAG